UACUGUCGCUUUAAUUUGGAGCAGCGCAGAGGAGGAAGAGGAGGAGGUCGAGGAAGAAGAGGAGGUGUAGCAGCAGGAUUGUUUGGUUGAAUGAGCGUUUUGCGUGUGCAAAUAUCAGCCUGGAGGCGAAGUGCUGGUGAACAUUUCUGCAGGAAGGAGGUGCAACGAUGAAGAUGCCCAAGAAAGUCGCGGGAGGAAACGGUCAAGAUGGCAGCGUAGUGACGUGUUAAAUGCUUCUGGGUGCUCACGGAGGAACGCAAAGCCGAAAUCCCCCCCCCCCCGCCCCCCGCUUUCCUCUCCCGGGUUCACGAGGAAAAGCCAUCGCGAUUCCUGUUAGCAUGCAUUCCAGUAAAUAGACAGCACCUCCCUCCUCCUCCACCACCACCACCACCGCACACAUUGAUGGAAUGCGACCCGAGUGACUUCCCGACCCAAUCAUCGCCCACCGUGAGAUGGCCGAAGCCAGCGAGCCGAACGUGGAAAUCGACCCGGACUUUGAACCCCAGAAGCGACCGCGCUCUUGCACUUGGCCGCUACCCCGUCCGGAGCUCGGCGCGGCGGGCAAAGCGGGGGCUAACGACGCUGAUGUCAUUCCGGAGGAAGAGGAUGACGACGAGGAGGGAGGAGGAGGUGGAGACGGCGGUGUGCCCCGGGAGGCCACCGGGGCUGUCAAGCCGAGCCCGUUCACUUCCUCCGGCCUCCACCUCCCGGCGCGGCGCCGCACCGAAGACUCCGCGGAUGGCUCGCUGUCCUCGGCUCAUGUGGUGCCGGCGGCGGCCACCACAGCCUCGCAGCAGCUGCGCAAGUCGUCGGCUCGCCGGAACGCCUGGGGGAACUAUUCGUACGCGGACCUCAUCACGCAGGCCAUCGAGUCGUCCCCCGAGAAGAGACUCACCUUGUCGCAGAUCUACGAGUGGAUGGUCCGCUCCGUGCCCUACUUCAAGGACAAGGGAGACACCAACAGCUCGGCCGGAUGGAAGAAUUCCAUCCGACACAACCUGUCCCUGCAUAGCCGCUUCGUGAAGGUCCAGAACGAAGGCACCGGGAAGAGCUCGUGGUGGAUGGUCAACCCGGACGGCGGCAAAGGCGGCAAAGCGCCGCGUCGCCGCGCCGUCUCCAUGGACAACAGCAAAUACAUCAAAGGCGCCCGAGGCCGCGCCACCAAGAAGAAAGCCUCGCUGCAGGCCGCCCAGGACGGCGGCUCCGAGAGCUCGUCCAGCCUCUCCAAGUGGACGGGCAGCCCCACGUCGCGCAGCAGCGACGAGCUGGACGCCUGGACCGACUUCCGCUCGCGCACCAACUCCAACGCCAGCACGCUGAGCGGGCGCCUGUCGCCCAUCCUGGCCAACCCGGAGCUGGACGAGGCGCCCGUGGACGACUCGCCCUUGUCCCCCAUGCUGUACUCCAGCCCCAGCAGCAUGUCGCCGUCGGCGGGGCCCGCCGGACUCUCCGACCUGGCGGGCACCAUGAACCUCAACGACGGGCUGUCCGACAACCUGAUGGACGACCUGCUGGACAACAUCAGCCUGACGGCGUCCCAGCAACCUCCCUCCAACGAGGACGACGACGACAAAGGCCAGGGCGGCGCCGCCUUUGCGUUCGCCAGCCCGCUUUUCAGCCCCACGUCCAUCACCGGCCUGCGCCAGUCGCCCAUGCAGACCAUCCAGGAGAAUAAGCAGACCACUUUCUCCUGCGCGGCGCACCUGACCCUGCAGGAUCUCCUCAGCCUGGACUCCGGCAACGUCCUGCUCACCCAGUCCGACCCGCUCAUGUCGCAGGCCAGCACCGCCGUGGCCCUGCAGAACUCGCGCCGCAACACGCUGCUCGCGCGCAAAGACGACGUCCCGUCGGCUGGCCACGCCGCCGUCCAGGCGCAAAUUUCUUCCGGCGGGAAUGGCCUCAAGUCUCCCGGCAAAAGCUCUCGUCAUGACGAGAGCCAGGACCGUUUCCCCUCCGCCGCCGCCGCCGCAGACCUGGACCUCGAGGUGUUCAACGGCGCACUGGAGUGCGACAUGGACUCCAUCAUCCGCAAUGAACUGAUGGAGGCCGACUGCCUGGACCUCAGUUUCGACGCCUCCCACAACGCCAAUGUGAACCAGGGGGGCUUCAAGCAGACGUCGCCGCAGAACUGGGUUCAGAGCUGA